AUGGUAUUUGACCCUUCUAAACCGCAAACUCAACCGUAUAUCAGGCUACAGGCCAGGUUCAAUGUAGCUAAGCCACUUAGAAUGGCAAAGGUGGUGACUACCAAAGGAGGCAAGUCGUGGUCAAUUCACUUUGAUUAUGAAAGAAUUCAGAAGCGCUGCUUCACUUGUCAGAGAUUGAAUCAUGAGCAAAAAAUGUGUCCUCUCGUGGUGAGGAAGAGACAAGACGAGGCUCUGGCGCGUCGUCAAAUGGUUGCUAAAGAGCUGGAGAAGAAGAAGGCGGUUCUUAAUGAAAGUGAUCCCCUCUAUGGUGUGCUUAGGGAAGAUCAGGUGGGGAUAAAUUCUCUUACUGGUAGGCCGAAGAUCGCGAAGGAAGUUAUGGAUGAAAUGAGGCAAUACUUGCUUUUGGCUUCAGAAGAAGACAGGAUCAUAAGGGAAGAAAGAGUUAGAAAGUCUGUAGCUGAAGUGGAACAAGACCCGAUGUUGCAAAGGAUGGUUCUUAGAUUGGAAUUACCUCCUGUCAUCUCGUAUGACGUUAAUAAAGGGAAGGGGAUCGUUUUCAACUAUGAUGAGAAUGUUAAACGGCUCAGAAGUGGCGCUGGAGUUCCUGCAUCUGAAAAACUAAUGGCUUCUGCCAUUGGCGCGGGAAUGGCUAUGCGGUUAGGACCUAAGCCAAUAGCCCUUACGGAGAGUGAAGAUGCUAAUUUUGGCUUUAAUGCUAGAACAUUUUCUUCUGGUUCAACGGUGUUUAGUACGGGUUUCUCGGAACCUUGUGCUUCUUCCGGGACCAAGAAAAAGGUGUAUCAAAGAAGACGUCCUUCAAAAUCCAAAAGGAAGCUGAGAACUCUUGGGGAGCCUGUCAUGGAAGGAGCAGUUUUUUCAAGCAAGGAGGCUGGUAAACAAAUCGAAGGAGGAGUGAAGAGAAAGGUAGAGAUUGAAGAAGGGGAACUUCUAGUCUCGGCGAAGUCCAAAUCCCUAAAGAUAGUCCCAAGUGAGGGACUGUCCAACCUUUAA